CUCUCUCUCUCUCUCUCUCUCUCUCUCUCUCUCUCUCUCUCUCCUGUCGCCAUCCACCACAGGCGGAUCUCCGAUCGUCGUCGCAUCGUCGCCGGAAAAAAUGGCAAACGCGGUGUCUGGUAUGGCUGUCCAUGACGACUGUAAGCUAAAGUUUCUGGAGCUGAAGGCAAAAAGGAUGCACCGUUUCAUUGUCUUCAAGAUCGAAGAGAAGCAGAAGCAAGUCAUAGUUGAGAAGCUUGGUGAUCCAUCCCAAAGCUACGAGGAUUUCUCUGCGAGCCUCCCUGCUGACGAAUGCAGAUACGCUGUCUAUGAUUUCGAUUUCGUCACCGCUGAGAAUUGCCAAAAGAGCAGGAUCUUUUUCGUCGCAUGGUCACCAGACACAUCAAGGGUGAGGAGCAAGAUGAUCUACGCGAGCUCGAAAGACAGGUUUAAGAGAGAACUGGACGGUAUCCAAGUGGAAUUGCAAGCUACUGAUCCGACCGAGAUGGGUCUCGAUGUUAUCAGAAGUCGUGCCAAUUGAUAAUAUCCCUACAUAUAUCUCUCGUAAGCAUUUUUUUUCUCUCUCUCGGAAACUCUUCUCGGGUUGAAUCAUCAGUUGAUGAAAAGCUCGGCCCAAAUUUUACCGGAAAAUCUUCAUCAUGUACAAGUUCAUCAACUUUCUGCCACGCCUUCCUUGCAUUAAUCAUCUUUGGAACAUUCUUGUUAUGUUUAUUACUAGUGUUAUUCAUAUAUGCUCUGUUUAGGUAUACCGUCACGUUCAUGUUAUUUCUGUA